ACCGCAAACACCAGCACUUUUCUGACAGAGCUUCCUUGCACCACUUGGAAGCUGCACGCGAUUCCAAAGAAUCCCUCUGAAGAUGGCUGGGGGGAAGAAAAAGAAGAAACCCGCGGCCAAUCCGGCCAGAAGCGUUGCUACAACCUCAAUUGCCUCCAAGUCCAAAAUUGAUGUUCCAGAGACCCCUCCAAAGGAAGCCGAUCCCGUCAUCGACGAGCUUCAGCAGAACGGCGCAACAACGUCCACGGCUGCGGGCACAGGCACUGGGGCUUCCGGACUGCCACAGAAAGAUUUGAGUUCGGAAGAGUUUGAACGUCAACUUGAGACGGCAGAGCUACAGAGUUUAGUCGAGAAACACGCACAGAAGUCUAAGAGAGAUGCUGCUCGUCAGAAAACUAGGCUAGAAACCGACCGGCGAGUGCUACGAGGUCAAGCAGAAAGCCUGAAUACGAGAAAAUGGCUUCCACCGGAGCUCAUGGAAGAAAUCCUGGAUCUGGUCCUCGCAGAAGGCCGAUUUACAGGAAUGGCAUCAGAAUUAUCUGGCAGUGUCAAGCCUCCUUCAGAAGAAGAGCUGACAAUCAGACUUUGGACGUUGCAACAAGCCCUCACCGGCGCUGGGUUGGUGGAGGACAAGGUUACUUUGGCUCUCAAGUUUGUGCUUGAUAUAUCAGACAAGAUAGGCGUGUCAAACAAAGAUGCAAUCUGGGGAUUGGAAGAGGCCUUGGACUGGCUAGCUCGUGCCUGCUUGAGAGAAGAACUCCCGGAUUAUGAGAAUUGGCAGAGAAGGCCAGCCGCAGUGCUUCUAAAGUCACAGCCAGGUCGGUUCUCCCCAAAAAUUGUCGUAAUGCCGUAUUCAGCAUGCUAACCAAUUUGGUACAUUAGCAACACCACUUGAGAGUCCACUGCCGUCUGGUGCUACCACCCCGCGUCUCGAGUCUGAAACUAGACAUAUGGGACAUGUUACAUCAAAUACAGGCGCCUCUCAAGCAGACAAAAAACGCACGCCGGCUAAGAAGGCUGCUAUUGUAGACUACGACAGUGAUAUUGACCCUGACGAUCUUCUUCCAGUUUAUUUAGAAUGCAAGACCAUAUUAUUUCAGUCGCAGCAAACGAAGUCAAAGAGACCAGCCGUACGGCCAAGUGGCCGUGGUAUUUCCCAAGAGGCACAGCUUUCAAAUGACCCAGAAGCGACAAAGGCAUUGAGAAAAAUCAAGAAGAUUCAAGACGACAUUCUUUUCGAUCAGUAUGUUGCCAACCAGCAGUGGGAGUUGAAGCGAAUACAGCUUGAAAAGGAAGCCGCAGAUCGUCGGAUCGAAGAGCAGAAACAGGCGGAAUUUACUGCGUCCAUAGAGUCCGAAACUGUGGUCGACUCGGACAACGAAGUCAGCAAGGAAGCCGCCAAAAUUGGAGCUGCCUUACUUGAAGAUAAUGGCAGUGAUGAUGAUGCUGCUCUUGCAGACCUUUUUGCAAGCUUGCCUGUCAACGAAGUUGACCCUAUAACCGGAAAGAGCACUACAGUGGUCAAUAACAACGACGGUACUAAGGUUACCAUUAGGGAUUUUGGAAAAUGGACGGGAGUCAACCCAACAAGAGUUUUGGAAGAAGCUUGCCGAGCUAGGUAUGUCUUGUCGGCUUCAGUACUCCCUUUCUGUAACUAACACAAUCGAGGGACUCGUCCGCGAGGUUGAGUUUCAAUUUAGUGUCGACCUCAAACUUCGCUAAUCGACAUGCUCUUCGAAUCACCUGGUCAAAAGCUCAAGAUUUCACUGUGCUUACUUUACCUCCUCACAUUGAGUAUAAUCCCCUGCCAAAAUCUCAAACAUUUACCAUGAUAGCCAUUUCGACACCAGACCCCAAACAGUCCGAAGCAUAUAUUGCUACAGUUGCUUUGUUUGUGAUCUUUGGAUCGUCUUCUAAAGAAGAUAAAGUAGCACUUAGGCUCCCAGCUUCCUGGCGGGAUUUGUGGACUGAAUUCGCAAAUGAGAAGAAGGAGAAAGCGGAUGAAAUCGACCGAGAUAGUAUUCGCGCCCUCCGUGACAUGGUACGAGAGAAGAAGGACCAAGAACUCGAAGAUGGGGUUCUUAUCAAGGGAGCCUUCAAGGGUCGUGGUCCGUCUCGCACUCUUGAAAACGGUGGAGAUCCCGCAGCAGAUAACCCCCGAUCCUCGCUAACGCCAGAGGCCUACCAAAGGAUUUGGUACGAAAAGUCAAGCACGCCGAGCUAUCAAUACAUGCUAGUAAGUUAUUCAAAAUGCGCACAUACAUUGCUGUUGACACAUCAUAGCAAUCACGAACACAUCUUCCAAUGUGGGGGUUCAAAGAAAAGGUUCUUUCCACGAUCGACAACCAGCAAGUAGUGAUCAUUUGUGGAGAAACUGGUUGGUAAGUUUUGUCAUAAAGUGUUCCGUUUUCUCAACUUAUUUUCGAUUAGUGGCAAGAGUACACAAGUUCCUGCUUUCAUUCUAGAGCAUCAACUUUCCCAAGGAAAGCCUUGCAAGAUUUAUUGCACAGAGCCGCGACGUAUAUCUGCUAUCUCUCUCGCUAGACGUGUCAGUGAGGAGCUUGGGGAGCGCAAAAAUGACCUUGGAACAUCUCGUUCCCUGAUAGGUUAUGCAAUCCGACUCGAAUCAAAUACUUCAAAAGAAACGAGACUCGUUUAUGCCACGACUGGUAUCGUAAUGCGAAUGCUUGAGGGGUCGAAUGAUCUCAAAGACAUUACACAUAUUGUUUUGGAUGAAGUCCAUGAACGUACGAUAGAUAGCGAUUUUCUGCUGAUCGUUCUUAAGAAACUUAUGGUUCGAAGACGUGAUCUUAAAGUGGUCCUCAUGUCGGCUACUGUUGAUGCCGAGCGUUUUUCGAAGUACCUGGAUGGCGCCCCAGUCUUGAACGUGCCAGGCAGAACCUUUCCGGUACAGGUGCAAUACCUUGAAGAUGCCAUAGAGUUGACAGGUUAUACUAUUGACAACGGACAAAAGGAGAAACUCACUGAUCUUGACGACGAGAUUGAUGUUGGUGAGGCGGCAGUCAGCGAUGCUGCAAAGGUUGAAAAUACCAAGGUACUUCGUGGCUAUAGUGGUAAAACCCGGAAUACCAUUGCUUUGAUCGAUGAAUAUCGUAUCGAUUUUGACUUGGUGACCCAACUCCUGGCAAGAAUCGCCACAGAUAGUCGUUUUGACAUGUACAGCAAGGCGAUUUUGGUUUUCUUACCAGGUAUUGGAGAAAUCAGGCAACUCAAUGACAUGCUUGUCGGACAUCCCGUAUUUGCCGCCAAUUGGGAAGUCUACCCUCUGCACUCCACUAUCGCAAGUGAAGAUCAGGAAGCGGCAUUUCUGGUUCCACCUCAAGGCACAAGGAAGAUCGUACUUGCCACGAACAUCGCUGAGACUGGUAUUACGAUUCCUGAUGUUACCUGUGUGAUUGAUACAGGGAAGCACAGAGAAAUGAGGUAAGUGAAACGUAAUUUGACUUGAAGAAAUUGGGUGCUGAUGCUAUAGUAGAUUCGACGAACGAAGACAGCUUUCUCGACUCCUUGAAACAUUCAUCAGUAAAGCCAAUGCCAAACAACGACGAGGUAGAGCUGGACGAGUCCAGGAUGGCCUCUGUUUUCACUUGUUCACAAAAUAUCGGCAUGACGAGCUCGUGAGUCAUCGCCCUGCAAUCAAUUUAACCAUACUCAUUAUUUCUAGAUGGCAGACCAGCAGACGCCUGAGCUUCUUCGAUUAUCUCUCCAGGAUCUUGCCAUUCGUGUUAAAAUCUGUAAGCUUGGUGGUAUUGAAGAGACCCUCAGUGAAGCUUUGGAUCCCCCACUGCCAAAAAAUAUUCGUCGCGCUGUUGAUGCGUUGAUAGAUGUCAGAGCUCUCACUCCUGGAGAAGAUUUGACACCCUUGGGCUUCCAACUGGCAAGACUUCCGCUUGAUGUAUUCUUGGGUAAACUCAUCCUCCUUGGUAGCAUAUUUAGGUGCUUAGAUGCAGUCAUUACCGUUGCUGCAAUUCUAUCAUCUAAAUCCCCAUUUGUUGCUCCUUUCGGAGCUCGCAAUCAAGCCGAUACUAUCAAACAAUCAUAUCGUCGAGGUAUGAAGAUCCCUCUGCAGUGGGUUUAUGUUGACUAAAAGCUAACAUUCUCGCAGGGGACUCGGAUCUUCUCACUGUUUAUAAUGCCUAUCUAGCCUGGAAGCGAGUUUGUCUUGGUAACGGUUCGGAGUAUCAGUUUUGUAAAAAGAACUUUCUCAGUCAACAAACACUUGGAAAUAUCGAAGAUCUGAAGGGGCAACUCGUGGUUUGCUUAGUAGACUCUGGGUUUUUGCCUCUCACUGAGGCUGAAAAAGCCAACUUGAAUAGGUAAGUAGCCUAGUAUCUUUCUCUGCUCUUCUAUUCUCUAACAAAUGUAGAACGCGGUAUAACACUCGGCGCCGCCAAUUUUUUGAAAUCCCUCAGCGAGCAAAUGUGAACAGCGACAACGAUAUUAUUACCACAUCUGUUAUCGGGUGGAGCUUCUACCCUAAAUUGCUCAUCCGUGAUGGAAAAGGUUUCCGUAACGUCGCCAACAAUCAAACCAUUAGCCUCCAUCCAUCUUCUGUCAACAAAGGUCGCCACGAAUUGAAGUGGCUCUCUUAUUACCAUAUCAUGCAAGCCAAGCAGUACGUAUCCAAAAGGAGAUAUUGAUUCAUGUUACUGAUCACUGGAACAUAGGUUUUAUAAUGCCCACGAAACAACUUCCAUCGAGGAAUUCUCAAUUGCCCUCCUCUGUGGUGAAGUUCGAUGCGACGUAGGUCUCAUAUCUCAUCACUUUCAACACAAUGAUAUUGAUGUGCUAAUUCUUUACCUUCCAACAGAUGUAUGCGGGAGUUUUCAUUCUUGAUGGAAACCGUGCCCGCUUCGCCGUCUCCGACUGGAAGACAAUGCUAGUCAUAAAAACUCUCAGAGCCAAACUUCGCGACAUCAUGACCAAGUCUUUCAAAAAUCCUGGAAAACCACUCACUGGACAACAGCAACGGUGGAUGGAAGUAUGGCAGAAGAUUUACACUUUGAAGAAGGAAGGGGAGGUACCGAGAGAGUGAUUUGGGGUCGGCUGCGUGCUUGGAUUGAUAAUGCAUUACACGGGAAACUCAUUUAGAGCAUUCGAAUUGCUGAUGAUUUGGUGGAAUGGCGUUUGCUUUGUGUUUUGUCCUGGCAUUGCUUUUUGGGCGGACGAAGUUAUCGAUGCAUAGAUGGCGGGCAAGCCAGAUAGACAGCGAAAUGACCAGUAACUAGAUAAUUUCUAUUUUGGUCUUUUAGCGUGUUUUUCUAUUUCUAGGGAGCGCUGGCUUGCUAAUACUGUAAUAACAAAUUCUAACUGGCAUUUUUCUUUGCCUUAACGUUGUAAACUUCGAGGUUACUAUAGCCCCUUACAAG